AUGCGUGAAACGUUUGGUUUAAAUUAUAGUAGAACGGUGACUGAAUGGACGGUGAGCUCGACGGAUAAACGGCUGCUAAAUGAAAGCAUUGAGCAGCAUCAGAUCUUCAAGGAAAGUCCUUCCAGCAGCUACCAGAGGACCGAGAUCAGUUCAAUAGAUGAGCAUGUCAAGGCAUUCACAAAAGACUUGGCCCAACAGAAGAGAACGAAGGAGGGCUUGGGCCCGGUUCUAGCAGGGCAGCGAGGUUCUGCCCACAGAACAGACAUGAAAAUGUCCGGAUUCAUCCGUCAACACAGAGGAACAACGGGGGGAGCUCUGCGGGGGUUCACCUUCACUGCCACGCUUAACGCCGCACCUGAACGAGGACCCCGCAUGAACAACACCUCCCAGCUGUCCUCCGGACCCACCCUGCUCUCGGGUAGCGGUAAAGGUCCCGGUGGCGUCAGCGUUGGUGGCGGCAGCAUCAUGGGAGGGGGCAUGAGACACAACAGCAGCCACCCUUCCUUCUCCCACUCCUUCCACAACCUGGCCCAGCUGCCGCCGUCCUACGAGUUGGCCAUGAAACCUGAGAUCAGCCGCUACAGCUCCUUGAAGAGGCUGGAGAAAGAACUUGACGAGUACUCCAGCUACUACAACUCCAAACGUCGCUCCAACAACGCUCCGCCCUCCUUCCACUCCUCGCAGCACCACCUGCCCUGGGGAGGCGAGUACACGCUGGGGUCCAGGGGCACGCUGCCCCUCCACGGCUCCCGGCCCCGCAUCCACAUGCCCGCCUCCACCCCGAACCCGUACCCGCUGCCCGCCCAGAGUCACUACACCAACUCGUCCUUCGACAGGCCGCCGCGCCGCGUCCGCUCCCAGGACCAGCUGCUCGCGCUCGGAGAGGGCAACACGCUGUCCCGCCUGUCCAAGAACCAGCAACACCAGUACUACAAAGCCAUGAUGAGCACCAGCAGGGGCUCCAACUCGCAGGCGCUCCCAGGGACGGGCGGAGGCCACCCCAACGCCCGGCGGAUGGCUUUCGCCAACAAGAGGCAGAACACCAUCGAACAGCUGCACUUCAUCCCCGGAGGAGGAGGAGGAGGAGGCGUGCAGGGACUGCGGACUGGGAGUAAGAACGAGGUGACAGUGUGAGAGGAAGAGGGAGGUAAAGAGAGGAAGAUUAAGAGUAGAGAGGUGAAGGCUGACGCUUGUAGAGAAGCUGGAGAGACAGACAGCAGAAAAGAGAGGUGGCGAGGCAUUUAGUGAGGAAGAUGAAGUGGAGAGAUGAGCAGGAAGAGGCGAGAUAACUAAAAGAGAUGAAGAGGUUUGAUCUCAGCUGGCUGCCUCACAGGGUGACACUCUGCCCCCCCUCCCCUUCAUUAAACAGAAAGUGGUGGAAGACAACACUAAUCUCGUACUGAGUAUAGCCAAUUGAUUUUCUCCCUGUCACUUUGUGUAUUGAGAAAGAAUAUUCAGCCAUUCUUUGUAAAGGAAAUACAGAAAUGUCCACUU